CUGAAAUUGUUUAAUCUUGUGUCAACAACCUAGCUGUCUACAACAGAUCAAGCUGUCAAAUAUCAUCAUGAUCAUCACAAUGCAGGAUUUGUUGAGUUGAAUAUGGGAAAUGAGAUGGGAAACAAUAACACAUCUGAAUUUAGAGAGGAAGAACAGGCAAGAACUGAAGGUCCAGAACAAUCUUUACUGGAAGGUGGGGCCAACGAAGUCAAAGCGGAUGAAGUUGCAGACUUCAGCCAAAAAGAGGCUAGGCCAGGUUCUGAUGGUGCAGAUAAACUGAAUGAAAAUCACCAUGUCAUAGAGAAAGAGGAAGAAAAAAAUAAAGAAUGUAAUACGGCAGAGUUUCAUGUGGUUUCUGAAAAGCUACCAGACAGAACUAAAGAGGACAAUGAAGUCCAGGCCAACUCUAAAGAGGAUAAAACAAAGGAGUUUGAUUCGGAAGAGAAUAGAUCGGAUGGAAAUGAGCAUGAGCAUGAAAAGCAGGCUUCAAAUCAGGAAGAGGAAGAAGGGGAGGGAGUUUCCAAUUUGAACACAACAAUACUAGCAUUAGAUGAACCGAAACCUGAAAAGACUUCAGAUUUCAAAAGUACUCAGCAUGAAUUGCUCAACAUUAAAGCCGAAUCUUUCAUAGAAGAUAGCAACAAGUCUCCAGAAGAAUGCAAGGAUGCUUUGGGAUUGAGUUCGAACGACACUUACCAUUCUGCAGACUGUGCCAUGGCAGAUUCAGAAGAAACCACCAAUAUGGAUCGAGUUCUCGGUAUUGGCCGAGGUAUUGAUAAGGAAAAUGGAGUGAGGGGAAAAGGUUCAAACUUCGACAUGAUAACACAGGCAUCAGAAGAUCCAAAAACUAAAAAGAUUUCAGAUUUUGAUGCUGAUCAAGUUAUUGAUACUGAUCGAGAUGCAGAUAAGGAAGAUGAUAGAGAGAGGGGUAAAGGUUCCAACUUAGAUCCAAAAACUGAAAAAACAACAGAUUUUCAUGUUGAUCAAGUUCUUGAUACUGAUCGAGAUACAGAAAAGGAAGGUGAUAUUGAGAGGCUCAAGGGUUCAAACUGCAAUACGAUGACGCAAGCAUCAGAAGACCCAAAAUCUGAAAAUUUUUCAGAUUUUGUUGCUGAGCAAGUUAUUGAUAAUGAUCAAGAAAAAGGUGAUAUUGGGAUGGUCAAAGGUUCACACUGCAAUACGAUGACACAAGCAUCAGAAGACCCAAAAUCUGAGAACUUUUCAGAUUUUGUUGCUGAUCAAGUUAUUGAUAAUGAUCAAGAAAAACAUAAUGAAAAUGAUGGAGCAAGGGGAAAAGAUUCCAACUUUGACACGAGAAAACAAGCAUCAGAAGAUCCAAAAUCUGAAACGACUUCAAAUUUUGAUGCUGAUCAAGUUAUUGAAACCAAUCAAGAUACUGAUAAGGAAGGUGAUGGACUGAAGGAAAAGGUUUCCAACUUCGACAUGAUAGCACAAGCAUUAAAAGAUCCAAAAUUAAGAAAGCCCUCAGAUUUCGAUGCUGAUCAAGUUAUUGAUACUCUUCGAGAUACAGAUAAGGAGAAUGAUGCAGAGAAGGGAAAAAGCUACGAUGUCAAGACGUUACAUGUACAGGACGAUCCAAAAUCAGAAAAUAAUUCAGAUCUUAAGUCUAUUCAUCAUGAAUUGCCUGAAACCAAGGCAGAAUCAUUGGGGGGAUCAAGUGAUGAUGGAUCCGUACAAGAAAGCAAGUAUUGUUCCGGCUCUAGUUUGGAACAUACUGAGGAGAAUGGUCACGUCAUGUUCACAGAAAAAUUAACUGACGUGGACUGUUUCGGCGCAGAGGCAGAGACAGAUAUGGAGAAGAAAAAAUGUGAUAUAAUAGAGCCAAGGGCAUGCCAUGAAUAUACAAUGCCAGCAGCCAAAAUUGUCGAUACUAAAGAUGAAGAAAUUGCGAUAGAUUUGAUCGGUCAUAAUACUUCAUGUUCACAACCAGAAGAGAGUAUGGUGAUAGAAUUACCGAAGUCAUGCAUGCAAGUUCCUGAGUUUGAAAACAGAUGCACGGUUUUGAAAGAAAACCCCCAAUUAAGAGAAGAACAGGGAACUGAAACAAUCGUUCAAGACAAUCCUCCAACUCAAUCUAAGAUUUCAAAUGAGGUCCAAGAGGAAUUUAACACGAUUAGGUCGCACUCCGAGGAAAAUGCAGCUUCUGAAUCUGUUGUCAGAAACCAGAACGAGACUCCUGGAGAAGAUUGCGAGGAUUCAGAUGGAGAAUAUCUGGAAAUUUCUGAACAAGUUAUGGAAGUUUUAAAUUCAUCUAUUGGAGAUUGCAAGCAGAAGAAUGGGGGGAUGGGAGAGACAACGGAAAUUUCAACAAACAUUGGACAUGAAGGGGAAAGACGAGAACCAAAGGAAAACUUAUUUGAACCUCUUUUAGGGCUUCAACCUCAAAGCCAUCAAAAGGAAGCUUCGAUCACAUUUCAAACUGGAGAAAGUACAGAUGAAUCAAUCUCAACACUGAGGCAAAUAACCGAAAAAGCAACUGAAAAAUCCAAGAAAAACUCCUCAGACUCUCCACAUUAUAUACAAACAGCUUCAGCAACAUUCACGGAAACUAAACCAUCGACAAAUCCGAUCGACGAACAGAAUGUAACAACACUUCCCCUCUCAACAUUCACAGAGGAAAAUCAAGAAUCUCCAGGAAGAACAAGCAACGAAUCAAAUUCCGACAAUUCAGUCGGUCAUAUCGAAAUGCGUAAAUCGCCUAGCUUCAAUAUAGAUAUCCAAAGCGAAGGAAAGACAGUAGAAACAGAGAAAAUUCCAUUGUUAUACCAGAUCAAGACAAUCGAAGACUUACAAAAUCUGCAGGAGAUUAGCUUCCCAAAUCCAACGGAGAAGCGAGUUGUAAAGUUAGGAAGAAGCGAAUCAGAGAAAUCGAGACCUUCAUUCCCAGGGUUCGCAAAAGAAAAAGAAAAAUCGGAGAUGGAAUCCACCGCAAUCAAUCAACAUAAAUUAGGCGCCACUAAAAACGCAGUGAAAGACUUACCACCACCAUCGCCGAUUCGGAAAGGGAAGCGCAGAAGCAAAUCCCUAAUCUUCGGAACCUGCAUCUGCUGUGCUACUGCAAUCAAUUGAUCGGAUUUUCUCUCGAAUUCAAAUUUCUGAGUGGUUUUUACUGGUUUUAUUCCCUUCCUGCUACGGUUCUACAAGUUUGUUCGCACUGUCCGUACACUUCUCUUCCCGCCAAAUUUACAGGUCAUCAUCUCAUCUUGUGGUUUAAAUUUGCAUUUAAUUCUUUUUCUUAUUUGGAUUUGUUUGUGAAUGCAAUAUAGAAUUUAUUAAAUAUAAUGUUUUAUU